UUUUCUUUGUCAGUGUGCAAAUUCCCAAAGAAGCAACAUGGCUCAAAGCUCUUGUAACAAUGGCGGAACUGAUCAGGUUUUGGUGGAGGAGAGAACAAAUGUUAGAACAUUUAUAUUAAAUAGGCCUAACCAGUUGAAUGCACUUUCUUAUCAAAUGUUAUCUCAACUGUUGGAACUUCUUCAUGCCAGUAAAACAAAUUCAAAGGUGAAGAUUAUAAUAUUGAAGGGAAAUGGAAGGGCUUUUUGUGCUGGUGGUGAUGUUACAUCUAUUGUUCAUAAUAUUCACCAGAAGGGUAACUGGAAACCGGGCGCUGAUUAUGUCCGUGAACAAUACACCCUUAACUAUGUGAUGGCAACAUAUAGUAAACCCCAGGUUUCCAUCCUUAAUGGAAUAGUGAUGGGAGGUGGACUUGGUGUUUCUGUACAUGGUAGAUUUCAAGUUGCAACAGAGAAGACGGUUUGUGCUAUGCCUGAAGCAGCUUUGGGAGUCUUUCCUGAUGUAGGUGCAUCUUACUUUUAUUCGAGGCUUCCAGGAUUCUUCGGAAAUUCCACUUGGGAAUAUGCUGGUCUUACUGGUGCUAGGUUCGAUGGUGCUGAAAUGCUUGCUUGUGGUCUAGCAACUCAUUUUGUACCCUCGGAUAGAUUGCCAUUUUUAGAACAAGAAUUAGUUAAAGUCAAUACAAGUGAUCCAGAUGUUAUUUCUGCCAUCAUUACUCACUUCUCUAACAUACCGAAGUUGAAAGCAGAAAGUCCUUAUAACAAGAUGAAGAUUAUUGAUCGCUGUUUCUCUCGAAGAACAGUCGAAGAAAUCAUAUCUUCUCUUGAAAAUGAGGCUUUGAACAACAAGGAUGACUGGAUCGCCUCAACCAUCCAAUCGAUGAAGAAAGCAUCCCCGAUAAGUCUUAAAAUUACAUUGAGAUCAAGACGAGAAGGGAGGCUGCAAGAUGUUGGUAGUUGCCUUAUUCGAGAGUAUAGAAUGGUUUGUCAUGUGUUUAGGGGAGAAUUCAGCAAGGAUUUUUUCGAGGUAGAAUCUUUCAGCCACCCAUUUUACUGCAUUACAAAACUCAUGACAACUUGAGUUUUACUGCAGGGAUGCAGAGCCAUACUCAUUGACAAGGACAGAAAUCCCAAGUGGGAGCUCUCCAAACUGGAACAAAUUAGCGAUGAUGAUGUUGAUGGUUACUUCUCCAAGAUAGAAGAUGAAGAUUGGGAAGACUUAAAGCUGCCUCCA